CCGAUUAAAAAACAAGCAGCUUUCUUUUAUCAACUCCAAAACUUCAUAGUCGGAGAGAGAAAGCAAGAGAUGUCGUACCUGCUACCACACUUGCACUCUGGUUGGGCGGUGGAUCAAGCCAUUCUCGCCGAGGAGGAGCGCCUCGUCAUCAUCCGCUUUGGCCAUGACUGGGAUGAAACCUGCAUGCAGAUGGAUGAAGUGCUGGCCUCGGUGGCAGAGACAAUCAAAAACUUUGCUGUGAUAUACCUUGUAGACAUAACAGAGGUUCCCGAUUUCAACACAAUGUACGAGCUGUAUGACCCUUCCACAAUCAUGUUCUUUUUCAGGAACAAACACAUAAUGAUAGAUCUUGGCACUGGGAACAACAAUAAGAUCAAUUGGGCCCUUAAGGACAAGCAGGAAUUCAUUGACAUUGUUGAGACUGUCUAUCGCGGUGCUCGCAAGGGUCGAGGUCUCGUGAUUGCACCAAAAGAUUAUUCCACAAAGUACCGUUACUGAGUGUUUGGACACGAUACUUCUGGUGAAACUUUUAUCACAAGUGUAUUAUUGAACUCGAUAAACAUGGGUCUACACUCGUUUCAGUGUACCCCUGAUGAAUUCAUGUUAACAACGAAUGCUCUAUUGUUGUAACUGUUACUUUAAACAAGCAGGUAAACUUGUAUGUUCCCUUUCUGAUGAUAUAUGCUUUUCAGGAGUUUGUUUAUAUUA